AUGCCCUGUCAAUUUCUAGUUGGUUGGCAACUAACCUGCAGAUCUUCUGAAUCGCGUGAUUUGCACAAUAAAAAGACUAAAAAGACGAGAAUUUUUUUAUCACGUAAUGUCCUCAAAAAUUACUCAGGUCUUCGUAGGACCGUUUUUCCAACCUACUUCGCUGCUCAUAGAGUUCAAUGCCUUCAAUUACCAAAACCUUAUUUGCCACUUUCAAGAACUCUAAAGUCUUGGAAUGAUUUAAACCAGGAAAAUGAACUUUUGAGAAAACAAUUAGAAGAAUUACAUAAAUAUCAGUAUUACGACUUGGGAUAUGAAGGUCGUAAACGGCAUUACAACGUGCCUAAAGAUAAAAGAUUAUGGACGGUUAAUAGUGCUAUUCGGAAUAAAGUGCGUAAUGAUGUAUAUUUUGUUGAUCUAGAGGAGACGAAUGUUCCGCUUCUUGAUAUGAUUCUAAGAGGAGAAUUUGUGGCCUUAUAUGGUGCAAGAGCCUCCGGAAAAUCUACACGGGUGUUUCAAGCUAUGGAAAAUCUGAAAAGCCAAGGCAUUGUUUGCAUUUAUGUAUCUUUUGAAAGUAUAAACAUGAAAACAGACACAUUCUGGUCGGCAUUAGGCGUUGAACUACAUAUUAACGCUCCACGACACUUUAAAUUAGAUGAAGUCAAAUCUGCUGAUGAUUUUAAGCUAAAGUUUCGGAAAGAACAAUGGAAUGAUAAACAAGUUGUUCUCUUUAUUGACGAAUUCGAUGAAUUGUUUAGGGCACAUGAUGACAUUAAAUCCUCAUUCCUUGGAACAAUUCGUGCGAUUAAAAACGCAAAGGAUUACUAUGCUCUUUUGUCUUCGGUAGCCAUCGGCACCUUUAGUAUUUUACAUCUGAGUUCAGACAGAAUAACUACGUCUCCAUUCAACGUUAGGGAUCCAUUUAAAAACCCAAAUUUCACACUGGAACAAGUGCAGACCGUAUAUAAGGAGUUUGAGAAUGACUCCAAAUUGACCAUUGAUCCGGAGAUCAUUGAGGAUAUCUACAAUCGGACAAAUGGGCACGCUUCUCUUGUCUGCCUUUGCGGAAAAACUAUCCAUUCAUAUUUAAUGCCAAACCUCAAUGGAAACAGAAGGCUCGGCUUCUCAACUUGGUUAAACUUUGUUAUCGAUUCUAUGCAGGAUACGAUAGCUGAUUAUACCACCUUUAGAAAGAUGAUUAAUUCACUUAAGAAAGAAGCAGCCAGGCCUGCUAUAGAAUUUCUUCGAUCUGUAUUCCUAGGAUCUUUCAAUUUUGUGCCAAUCUAUAACCCUGAAGAAAAAAGAUUAGCAGAGUUCCUGACAGCCGAGGGGGUGCUAAUGAGUGAUGAAAUGAAAAAGAAUAAUUUUAGAAUGUCAUCUAUUUUUGUAGAUGAGCUGAUCCGGCGACAAGUUAUUCCUGUUUUGUACAAGUCCGCUCCGACAUGUGCAGUUCCCAAAAAACUUGAUGGCACCCUGGAUAUUAUUAUCACUUUGAAGAUAGCCGUCCAGCACUUUGAUAAAGAAAUCAUUCGUAGAGCAUUUGAUCGGUCAUUUAAAACUGCACACGUGUAUGUGAAAGGUCAAGAAGAU